AUGCGACCACCUCCGCAGCGAGGCACGCGUGCACGCGUGCACUCGCGCGCUGGGCGCGUCUCUUCCCCUCCCACCGCCCCGUCCCGAUCGUCGCGUAUUAAGCCAGCGGCACACGGUACUGGUUUUCCUGCCGGAUUGCUUACGCGAGCCAAUCGGGAUUUAGCCUCGAGUCACCUGAUCGAAAACUCCGUGUCCUUAUUGGCUCUCGUGAGCAGUCCAGUAGGAAAGGGGGUAGCGGGAGCCACCACGGGGGCGGGGGUGGGCUUGCCCCUGCUUCUUCUCGUUGUUGCUCUUCUCGACGAUCUCGCGCACGCGACGACGGCCGCGCCGGUGGUAAUCGGGCCGUUGAACAGCGUCCAUCCAGCCGACGCCGCCACGCCGGCUCACCUGCCGUCGCGAUCGCCCGACGACUAUCCGUUCGCGCCGCGCCCGUUCCGGUGGGCGAUUGAGCGCGCGUCCAGCCCUAACGACGUCGGUUCGGAAGGUGACGCGAAUCGGGGAACUCUGGAUCAUCUUACAUCGGCGACGCGCCUUUCACCCUCGUCCGCGCCGUCCUUGACGUCACCCCUGUCAUUAGCGUCGCCGUUAUUGUUGACACCGCCGCUGUCGUCGUCGUCGUUGUCGUCGUCGACGUUAUCGAGGCCGUCGCCGUCUUUAACGCCGUUGAAUGCCGCCGUCGUCAGACGUGGCGACAUUUCCAUUCUGACGGCGAAUUGUGACAACGAGAACGAAGGGAUCGCAGCGCGACGAGGAAGAGCGAAGCGAGUACCGAUAAGCAAGAGAUCGAAGCUGAAAGAUCAACCCUCCCCGAACUUCAUAGACCCUUGGCCGGAGGCAUGGCGACGUGUUAACCAACACCCUCUGCAAUCUCGCAAAGUGACACCCGUGUCGUCAAUCGAUGAAGGGAUUCGCCCUGCAGUCCGGACUUUCACUCCGCUGUUAGAGCCCGUCUUCAAGUUUGGGGAAUCGAUAUUGCGUCCGGAGAGCUCCCUGCGAGACAUCCUACUUCACGAAAGUGCUUCGAAGACAACGGCGACGACGACGACGGCGGUGGUGGCGACGGUGGGAACGAUCGCGCGGAACGUCGCGUACCUCGGUGCGACUCAGCGAGCCGGAAGCGCCGCGCCAGAGAAAAAUGACGUCGGCAGAGUGACCGAGGACCGAGUGGAAGGUGAUAAGAGCGGGAACAAGUUGGUGCUCGUGGGAAACGAGGAUAAUGGUGCGGUCGUAGUUGGUGGUGAUAGUGUCAUCGAGUGGACCACGACAACAGUCGCCGGGCCGAUGUCAUCGUCGCGGUCGGCGUUCUCCGGAGACGAUGUGCAGGUGGCCGAGCGCGUAAGGGUGCGCGCGAGUUCCGAGCGAAGCUCAUCCAAGGGCGAGGAGGACGACGAGGAGCAGAUCACGGUCACCAUCGCGCGCGACAACGAAGAUUCGUUUGCAUCGUCGACGACGACGACGACGACGACGACGCAGCAUCCACCACUGACUCAAGACACCUCUAUGGAAGCACUGGGUGCGAGCGGCUACAUCGUCUCGGCGGCGCUCGUGCUGAUAGUCGGCGCACUGGUGGGUGUCCUGGCGACGAUAUCGCGUCAUCUUCAUCAUCGUCGGCUGUUGGUGCACGAGCCGGUUCCCGCCGGCUCUGCUUCCUCCGCUUCUGCCUCGAUUCUCCACCACUAUCAUCGGCAUCACCAUCAUCGUCACCGUCAUCGUCGUGAGGAGCCACCGCCGCCGCCGUUGCAGCGCUGUCUUCUACUACAGGAUCAUUAUCGUUAUCCUGAUACACCCGUGAGUACCAACCAUCCAAUGCUGAUCGGGGACGCGUGAGAUUUAACUUUGGGAAAUGAUGUUUCCUACGAGCGCGAUUUCAGCGACGCCGAUAAUACACGUCGCGACAUCGACGUAUAACAAACGGUUAAAGGGUUGAAAAGUGACGCAAGCAGGGGGCGUGUAUUUUUUAUCACGCCCGCGCGGCCCUUGAGGUAUCUAUAACGCUUGCGAACACCGGGACAAAUUUAUUGUGAUAACCGGGAGAAUAGGGGGUAAAUUGCGCCAACGGGAUGGAUUUAUAUGCGGAUUAUCGCAUAUAUCUCGAAGCUGUUCGAAAUAAAACCGAAGCACACUUCCGCAUAUCCGCUGAAACUGUAUACGUCGUACUAAUUUUAGCAGACUUGACCGAGUUCGUCGAAUAGCUUCUUUACAAAUAACGGGCUCGAACGAGUUCGCGACGAACGUCGUAUCGCAUUCUUCCCGGAACAAUUCCCUUUCUCGUUACUUUCUGCCGCAUUUCACUGAACAAUCGCCGGUCUCAUUACGCAUUCCUGAUAUCGCGCGUCACGAGUCCAAAAGGCACACGCGCGCUAUCGUCGGCGCUGUUUUUUUUUCUCUCUCUCUCUCUCUCUCUCUUUCUCGCCAGGCAAUAGACACGCCGUUGUCAUCACGGCCGCGCGGCGACCAGGCGAGCACGGGGAGUUUCACCGAGGUCAGAAGGGGGGGAAAAAGGAAGUGCGAUUUCCCAUCCAGCGCGGAGGUGGUUAUCGGCGACGUUGUCGACCUUCGGCAAGAUUAUUACACGAUUCGCAGAACGUCGAAGGCUAUCUGGGAAAAAGCCUCCCGAUAUCUAAUCUCGGCAGCCGGCCCGGCCGUGGCGGCACAGCUGCAUCUAUCCGGCGCGUUGCAUUCUCUCCCUCUUUCCUUUUUUUUUCCUCUCGUGCCUCUGCAGAAAGGCAGACUACGCUCGCGGCCGCGCGCAACUUCUCGUUCCUCCGCUUUUUUUCCCCCCUCGCGUCUCCGUGUCCCGAUUCAACCGCUCGAAACGCGCGAUAACACGCGACGGGGACGAAUCUAGGACGCGAGCAUGAUUCACGGGAUCCACCUGCGGCUCGUAAUCGAUAGCGUUAUGGUUUCGCUGCGAGUUUUCAGACGAGGACCUUGCGAAGCGUCGAGUUGCACGGGACAAGUCCUUUACUUAAGGGGAUGCUGGAGUGAUUCUGCACUUUCGCACCUU